AUGUCGGACCCGCAACUAGGCGAUCCGACCAAAAGUAGGCGAGGCAAAGCGUAUAAAGCACGGAGCGACAACGAUUACAAAUGCUUCGAGGCGCACGACGGAGUGCUGUACCGACCGGGCGACCACGUCUUCCUGGAGGUGUCACAGUGCGAACCCUACUAUAUCGGCACCAUCGCAAACUUCAAAAUGACAAAACGGGAUCAGAUGUCUGUAAAAGUGACGCGGUUUUAUCGGCCAGAAGAUGUCCCGGAGGACAGCUACUCGUUGUUGCUCCAGGACCGACAAGAUGACACAUCGCUCAAUCAUGCUGUUAUGGCGGCUAUGCAGAUCCGUGAAUUAUUUUCGUCCGAGAUUGCAUCCGUGCAUCCGAUCUGUCAUCUCAGGUCCUCUUCUUUCCCAUUUCUUUUCACGCCGAUUUUAUUUAUUUGUAAAUUUUAUCAGUUUUUCCGGUUUUUCAGUCGUUUCAGCAACGCCUCUCUUUCAUUUUCACUUUAUCGCCGCGCAGAAAUUUAA